CCAAUUAGUCAGGUUCCUCGUAAACAUCUAGGUAAAAGUAAUCAUUCAUUAAAACAUUUCCCUCAAGGAUAAUGAUGAUGAAGCUGUUCCACUAAUCCGUGAGCCUAAAUCCUCCUCAGCUGCAUGACGCUGUCGAUCCAUGCAGGCAUAUAAGGGCAGGUCUGGAGAUGAGGAGACUGUUCAGAAAGACUGCAAGAAGAAAGAAGACUUACCUUCUUUGUCUUGCAUCUGCUUUUUGGCAGUUUUUCUCCGAACACAAAUCUCCUGACGCAAAGCUAAACAACUCUCCAAGAUGAAUGCAGCAGCAGCAGAAGCAGCAGCGGCAGCAGCAGCUGGAGGCCACAAGCCCGCCUCCUCAGAGUUCCAGCAGACGGAGAGCAGGCAGUUCAAGAGCAAAGCCCCCAAACCUGGACAGAAGCGUUUUGACAGCGGCCUGCCGGGGAUGGAGUCGUUUGACGAUUCUGCUGUCGUCUGCCCCUGGGAGGAGUUUGGAGAUGCAGAUCUGAGCGAACUAGCCCAGUUUGGCAUCAUCUAGAUCCGACACCCCAUAACCAAAGAAGACACCCCAAAAACACCAGCACUGCCCUGCAAAGAUUUUUCUAUUUCAUUCAAAUCCUCAAAUAAACCACAUGCAUAUCCAGUCAG